GAAGCGGAGUCUGCAGCUGGCAGUGGCGACAGGUAGUCAGAAGUUAAGAUGAAAAGACAGCAGCAGCUCACUUUAACUGAUUUCUUUCUCAUGGGGAAGAAAAGAAAGAAAGGAAAUAGAUCAGAUGAAGUUCAGCUGGAAACUAACAGUGGUGACACUGGUGAGGGUGAUGCAGGGAGAGCUGCAGGAUGAUGACUCCAGUCGUGUUUUUUGUGCUGUUGGCUGUUCUAGGACAGACAAGUGGCCAAUCUGAUCCUAAUAUUGCUCGACUUGGAACUGUGAGGCAGUCCUCCGUCUUUGACAUUGGCGUCCCUGAAUUGGCCAUUGAUGGAAAUCGUGCUAGCGUCUGGGCACAGAGAUCCUGUAGCCACACACUAAAUGAUUUUAAACCAUGGUGGAGACUGGACCUCCUGAAGACAUAUAAAAUCAACACUGUCACCAUCACCAACAGAAGAGAUGCUGUCCACGAAAGAAUCAAUGGGGCUGAGAUCCGCAUUGGAAAUUCCCUCAAUGACAAUGGCAACGAUAAUCCCAGAUGUGCUGUUAUCUCGUCCAUCGCAGCUGGGGCCUCCCAAACCUUUGUGUGUAAUGGAAUGGAAGGUCGAUAUGUAAACAUUGUGAUUCCUGGAAGACAAGAAUUCCUGACACUGUGUGAGGUGGAAGUCACUGGUCAGCCUUCAGAUCCUAAUAUUGCUCGACUUGGAACUGUGAGGCAGUCCUCCGUCUUUGACAUUGGCGUCCCUGAAUUGGCCAUUGAUGGAAAUCAUGCUAGCGUCUGGGCACAGAGAUCCUGUAGCCACACACUAAAUGAUUUUAAACCAUGGUGGAGACUGGACCUCCUGAAGACAUAUAAAAUCAACACUGUCACCAUCACCAACAGAAGAGAUGCUGUCCACGAAAGAAUCAAUGGGGCUGAGAUCCGCAUUGGAAAUUCCCUCAAUGACAAUGGCAACGAUAAUCCCAGAUGUGCUGUUAUCUCGUCCAUCGCAGCUGGGGCCUCCCAAACCUUUGUGUGUAAUGGAAUGGAAGGUCGAUAUGUCAACAUUGUGAUUCCUGGAAGACAAGAAUUCCUGACACUGUGUGAGGUGGAAGUCACUGGUCAGACUUUAGAUCCUAAUAUUGCUCGACUUGGAACUGUGAGGCAGUCCUCCGUCUUUAACAUUGGCGUCCCUGAAUUGGCCAUUGAUGGAAAUCGUGCUAGCGUCUGGGCACAGGGAUCCUGUAGCCACACACUAAAUGAUUUUAAACCAUGGUGGAGACUGGACCUCCUGAAGACAUAUAAAAUCAACACUGUCACCAUCACCAACAGAAGAGAUGCUGUCCACGAAAGAAUCAAUGGGGCUGAGAUCCGCAUUGGAAAUUCCCUCAAUGACAAUGGCAACGAUAAUCCCAGAUGUGCUGUUAUCUCGUCCAUCGCAGCUGGGGCCUCCCAAACCUUUGUGUGUAAUGAAAUGGAAGGUCGAUAUGUAAACAUUGUGAUUCCUGGAAGACAAGAAUACCUGACACUGUGUGAGGUGGAAGUCACUGGCAGACUUUAGGUAACACUGCUCCAACUGCAUGGUAAUUUAUACCAUAUAACAUGACCAAUAGAUGACUUUGAGCAGACAGUCACAUUCAAAGUUCAAUCAAAUAUGCUGACUGGCUGUUCUUUGGAGGCAAAUUUGGUCAGAUCAACACAUGUUAUAAUCUGUCACAAUGACACAUUUCAUAACUUUGUCUAGAUCCUAACACACUGUAAAAAAAAAAAAAAAAAAAAAAAAUCGUAAAAAGUGUAAUGCAAAAUUUGCUUUAAACAUGAUCCUUUUACAUUCUUUUACAUUUUGUGUUAAAAUUAGAUUCUCCAUGUGGAACAGCUGAAACCGUAACAAGCUUGGAGCCAUUUCUUUCUGAGGCCUCCUGUUUAGCCUUUUGUGUUUAGC